AUUACUUAAGAUAUGGGAACCAAGAAAGUGAAUCUUGGUUCAUUUUGUAAUGCCUUUACAGUUAUUUCUCCAUUCGUCAAGUUAUUGACCGAAAUAAUUGUGGUGGUGCUGGCAAUACUUAAUAUUUAUCAUUGCUAUCAAUAGCAAUUUCCCAUUAUUUAUUUGUCCAACAUAUAGGAUCAUAAUUGUGGUGGUGUUCAUGGCUAAUAAUACAUUAUAAUAAUACCUGCAUUUGAAACGUGUUAGACACACUUAUUUACUGAAAUAAUGAUGUUGGUAGCGAUGUCUUAUAUUUCUCAUGGAUACAUGCAAUAAGACAACUAACGAGUAAACUCAUGACGAUCUUGUACGGGGUUUUUGAGUGGACUUUUAGCAUCUAAAUCAUUUGCUUUUAGCAUCUAAAUCAUUUGUCAUUUGUAAUAAUCAUUGAAAUAGGGUAAGAAUCGUUGUUCGAUCAUCAUACAAUGGUACGGUUUUGCAUUCCUCGCGAGCAUGUUUAUAUCAUACUGCACAUGCGCAAAACCCAUUGUUUUCCGGUAAAUCUUAACUUUCUCACGGUCUUGCGAAAUUUACGCUACACCUGUAAUGCGUUAUAAUUGUAUCUGGGCCAAAAUGUGUGUCGUCGUAUGAAGAUGCAGAUAGUAGUCCGUAGACUGACAAUAUGCAUAGUAUGUUGCAGUUUAAGACUGACAAUAUGCAUAGCAUGUCGCAGUUUAAGACUGACAAUAUGCAUAGUAUGUGGCAGUUUAAGGCUGACUUAAACAUAGUAUAUCGCUGUUUAAGACUGACAAUAUGCAAAGUAUGUGGCUGUAUACGACUGACAAUAUUCAUAUUAUGUUGCUGUUUAAGACUGACAAUAUGCAUAGUAUGUGGCUGUUUAAGGCUGACUUAAACAUAGUAUGUCGCAGUUUAAGACUGACAAUAUGCACAGUAUGUUGCAGUUUAAGACUGACAAUAUGCAUAGCAUUUUGCAGUUUAAGACUGACACUAUGCAUAGUAUGUGGCUGUUUAAGGCCGACUUAAACAUAGUAUGUCGCAGUUUAAGACUGACAAUAUACAUAGCAUGUCGCUGUUUAAGACUGACAAUAUGCAUAGUAUGUUGCAGUUUAAGACUGACAAUAUGCAUAGCAUGUCGCAGUUUAAGACUGACAAUAUGCAUAGUAUGUUGCUGUUUAAGACUGACAAUAUGCAUAGUAUGUGGCUGUUUAAGGCUGACUUAAACAUAGUGUGUCGCAGUUUCAGACUGACAAUAUGCAUAGUAUGUUGCAGUUUAAGACUGACAAUAUGCAUAGCAUGUCGCAGUUUAAGACUGACAAUAUGCAUAGCAUGUCGCAGUUUAAGACUGACAAUAUGUAUAGCAUGUCGCAGUUUAAGACUGACAAUAUGCAUAGCAUGUGGGUGUUUAAGACUGACAAUAUGCAUAGCAUGUCGCAGUUUAAGACUAACAAUAUGCAUAGCAUGUCGCAGUUUAAGACUGACAAUAUGCAUAGUAUGUGGCUUUUUAAGACUGACAAUAUGCAUAGUAUGUCGCUUUUUAAGACUGACAAUAUGCAUAGCAUGUCGCUGUUUAACACUGACAAUAUAUAUAGCAUGUCGCUGUUUAAGACUGACAAUAUACAUAGCAUGUCGCAGUUUAAGACUGACAAUAUGCAUAGCAUGUCGCAGUUUAAGACUGACAAUAUACAUAGCAUGUCGCAGUUUAAGACUGACUAUAUGCAUAGAAUGUCGCAGUUUAAGACUGACAAUAUACAUAGCAUGUCGCAGUUUAAGACUGACAAUAUGCAUAGUAUGUGGCUGUUUAAGACUGACAAUAUAAAUAGUAUGUUGCUGUUUAAGACUGACAAUAUGCAUAGCAUGUCGCAGUUUAAGACUGACAAUAUAAAUAGUAUGUUGCUGUUUAAGACUGACAAUAUGCAUAGUAUGUGGCUGUUUAAGACUGACAAUAUGCAUAGCAUGUCGCAGUUUAAGACUGACAAUAUGCAUAGUAUGUUGCUGUUUAAGACUGACAAUAUGCAUAGUAUGUGGCUGUUUAAGACUGACAAUAUGCAUAGUAUGUGGCUGUUUAAGACUGACAAUAUGCAUAGCAUGUCGCAGUUUAAGACUGACACUAUGCAUAGUAUGUUGCUGUUUAAGGCUGACUUAAACAUAGUAUGUCGCAGUUAAAGACUGACAAUAUACAUAACAUGUCGCUGUUUAAGACUGACAAUAUGCAUAGUAUGUUGCAGUUUAAGACUGACAACAUGCAUAGCAUGUCGCUGUUUAAGACUGACAAUAUACAUAGUAUGUCGCAGUUUGAGACUGACAAUAUACAUAGCAUGUCGCAGUUUAAGACUGACAAUAUGCAUAGCAUGUGGCUGUUUAAGACUGACAAUAUGCAUAGCAUGUCGCAGUUUAAGAUUGACAAUAUGCAUAGUAUGUGGCUGUUUAAGACUGACAAUAUGCAUAGUAUGUCGUUUUUUAAGACUGACAAUAUGCAUAGCAUGUCGCUGUUUAAGACUGACAAUAUAUAUAGCAUGUCGCUGUUUAAGACUGACAAUAUACAUAGCAUGUCACAGUUUAAGACUGACAAUAUGCAUAGCAUGUCGCAGUUUAAGACUGACAAUAUACAUAGCAUGUCGCAGUUUAAGACUGACAAUAUGCAUAGAAUAUCGCAGUUUAAGACUGACAAUAUACAUAGCAUGUCGCAGUUUAAGACUGACAAUAUGCAUAGUAUGUGGCUGUUUAAGACUGACAAUAUAAAUAGUAUGUUGCUGUUUAAGACUGACAAUAUACAUAGCAUGUCGCUGUGUAAGACUGACAAUAUACAUAGCAUGUCGCAGUUUAAGACUGACAAUAUGCAUAGUAUGUGGCUGUUUAAGACUGACAAUAUGCAUAGCAUGUCGCAGUUUAAGACUGACAAUAUGCAUAGUAUGUUGCUGUUUAAGACUGACAAUAUGCAUAGUAUGUGGCUGUUUAAGACUGACAAUAUGCAUAGUAUGUGGCUGUUUAAGACUGACAAUAUGCAUAGCAUGUCGCUGUUUAAGACUGACACUAUGCAUAGUAUGUUGCUGUUUAAGGCUGACUUAAACAUAGCAUGUCGCUGUUUAAGACUGACAAUAUACAUAGCAUGUCGCAGUUUGAGACUGACAAUAUGCAUAGUAUGUGGCAGUUUAAGACUGACAAUAUACAUAGCAUGUCGCAGUUUAAGACUGACAAUAUGCAUAGUAUGUGGCUGUUUAAGACUGACAAUAUGCAUAGUAUGUUGCAUUUUAAGACUGACAAUAUGCAUAGUAUGUUGCAGUUUAAGACUGACUUAAACAUAGUAUGUCGCUGUUUAAGACUGACAAUAUGCAUAGUAUGUCGCUGUUUAAGACUGACUUAAACAUAGUAUGUCGCUGUUUAAGACUGACCUAAACAUAGUAUGUCGCAGUUUCAGGCUUACUUAAAUGCAUUAUCCUAUCCGUUUGCAUACGUAAUGUUACAUGAUAAGUCUUUAAAAAUUGCAUGUUAUAUAUUGUAUUGACACUGCAACGUAAAGGACUCUCGGGCAUGUAUUUUACAUUACAGUCGAGGACUCCGAAGCACUCCAAUGUUACGACUGCUUUUUGGGCUGCUGUGAAGACAAGUUUAAUAAAGAUGCCACUGGAGUUUCGAUUGCAAACUGCAAGGGCUCUUGUGUGAAGAGUAAGCUCAGUGAUGCCUUCUCGAGAUCGUGCUCGCCGGACAAGAUGGAUGAUGGAUGCGAAAAGGAGGGCGUGACCGAAACCUGUGCGUGCAACUCCAACCUUUGCAACGCAGCCUGUCCUGUGUCUAUUUCUAUGUUCGCAGUCAUUUCAUCUAGCUUGGUUUCAGUCUUGGCUUAUACAUUCUAAAUCACGAAAAAGAACCUUUUUUUUUUAAAUAUACGUUUGUUUCAUGUUAAAAGAAUGUCUUAUUCACCGAUUUAGAUUAAUGAAGUAUUUGUAUCGAAGCGAAUUAAUAUUAUUGGCGUAUUCUCACGUCGACGAGGUUUCACAAUUUAUGAUCCUCUAGCUGAUUAGCAUUAAUUUGAGACGAAUUGCUGCUUUAGUUUGUAUAAUCUUGUACCAUAAUAAAACUAGUUCAUUUUCUGCACGUAUUCAAAUAGGUCUUGCUUGCAACUUUAUUUUUAAUGUUUUGAUGUCGACUUCAAAAAGCGAUGUUUGUAUGAAAAGUAUAGUUUUUCUAAACAUAUUAAACAUCUGAAAAUGUCUUAUUUUAAUCCUAAUAAAAUGGAUCUUAACAUUAAUCGAAAAAAAAAAUACUUUGAAAGAUAUCAAACCAAGGAUUUACUUGUAUUAGCCUUGACAUAUUCAACAAAUUUAUGUUUUAUUCAACUAUUUAUCUAUAAUCCGUUUUGCUCUUAUAUUGACCAAAGAAAUAAUGGAAUGAUUUGAUUUUAGAAUAAUUAUUCGCAUGUUAAUAUGACAUUUGCCCGUAUUUUCAGUUAAUCUCUUUUGUGGAUCUAAAAUUACUCUAUAUAACAUGUGCGUAUUAUGCAACAUUUUGUACUUUUGCAUUUGUGUAAUACUCUCUCA